AUGGCCAGCCCAAGCCAUGAGCAACAUGCUGCAGCGCUGCACGAUUGCACGCGUCGCGUAUCCCAUCCAGAUUCCGAAGAAGCUGUACAAAUCGAACGGCAACGCGUUGCGCAAGAGUUAGAACCUUUUGAGCGCCACAGACUCUUGAGAGAAAGCUCUCACACUUCCCGCAAGCGCGAAGAUGUCCUUUCACGAACGCGCCAAAUAUCAAACAGGAACUCGACUGCAUCCAACGCACCACUUCAAGACCGUGACUCGCUAGAAAGCUACGCCACUACGCAGCCGGAUGUACUGCGUUCUCAAGGCAGCUCCAUUCGAGAAAAGCACUGGUAUAGCCCAAUCGUGGAUUUUUGGACGACGCAUGUCAGGUAUGGAACCGUAGUAGGUUCGCUGGAGCGCACAUUCCUCGGCUACCUACGAACUUCUCUCAUCCUCGUCAUGACAGGCGUAAUCAUCGCACAACUCUUCCGAAUCCAGCGUGCUACCAAUCCAAAUCCUGAGAUUGGCUUCUAUGUCAUUGGUGAACCGCUCAGUGUGGCAUUCAUCGGAAUGGCGAUCUUUGUGCUACUCGUUGGAACGAUUCGGUUUUGGAGGUUGCAGAAUGCGUUGGUGAGAGGGAAAGCACUUACAGGUGGGUGGGAGGUGUUUGUGAUCAUGGGAAUGUGCGCUCUUCUAUUGGUUGCGACGUUUGCUUUGGUGUUGGCCGUCAAUAUCGAGAAGGCCAGAUAACGAGCUCGAGACUUCUCACGGUCACAACCAUCAGUGCCACAGAAGGCCUUGUAGAGAGACCAACAUUCGCAAACGACAACUCUCAACGAAAC